UAUUGAAUAUAUAUAUAUAUUGAAACAAGCGGGAAAUUUUGUAUUUGUAUAUUUAUAUAUGAUAAUAUAAAAAUUAUUUUCUAUCUUCGUACGAAUUUCUUUAAAAUUAUAUUAUUAUCUUAAUAUUUUAUACGAAGAACAUGCGAGUUAUUAAGUUGUUAAAUUUACUUAAGUAUUCCCUAAGUUUCCCGCGCAUUUUGUAUUCCUUUUUAUGAAUCAGUUACAUGUAAGUACGCCACACAAUAAAAGAGAGAACAAAAAAAAAAGUAGAAGUUAUAUGUUAGUAGUGAUAUACGUGCGUAUCACUUAUACUUACAUACACAUGGUAUAUCGUUUGAAUGGUUCUACGUUGCUCUGAAAAUUUGAAAGUUGUCCGUUGGACAUAUAGUAAACAUUUGAGGAAAUAAAAUAAUAAUAAUCAUAAUAAUAAUAAUAAUAAACAAUUAAGAUCGUAUAAAAAUGCAAAAUAAUUCAACUGGACGUAGAUCGUCGACAAAUCCGGUAAGAGUUUCCAUGAUUGAAAAAAGGGAUAAAAGUUUGACCAAAACUGAUUCAAGAAGAACAUUAACGUUAAAGACAAAGAAUUCUUUUUCUGCUACCGAUGUAUCCCUUAUUCCCAGACCUCGUAUGAGAAGUUCUUCGUGCGAUCCAACGAAUAAUGGACGUUCCUAUUUAAAGACUACUGGUAAAAGUCUACUUCAUCCUCCUACAACUCCGGUCACACCAUCAACCAGUGCUCGUAGACUUAAUACAAUAGGUUUAUCAACUGGUCGAAGAACACCGUCUGGUGAUCGUGCAAGUAAUGUUGGUGCCAAAGGACCUCGUAAAGACACGCGACAUUUAAUAGAUAAAAAUUAUCAAGCUCAUAUGCUAAAUAAGAUAGAUUCUUAUAUUCAUCAAAUUCAAUGUUCUUCCAUGUUAAACAAUAGCGGCAGUUUGAAACCUAUUACAUUGAAAAUGUUCGUUGAAGUCUCUGAUUUAUUGGUAAAAUUAAUAGAUCCUAAACAAGCUUUAACACUUGCCAAUUAUAUAGAAGAAUUACCAAAAAUUGCAAAGAAAUUGCAUUAUCCUGGUAUUAUUACAAAGUCAUUGUUAAAAACAGCAAAUACUGCACAUUCUUGGCCAUAUGUUUUAGGCUGGUUAUGUUGGUUGGUGGAAGUUUGUCAAGUAAAAGAUUUGGCAUAUAAUAACUUUCAAUUAAAUAAUUUACCAUUUAUAGGAACAGAGCAACAAAUGAAAGAUAAUAGAAAUGCAUUCUUUUUUAUGCUGAGCAUGUAUAACGCUUGGAACGAUGAAAAACUUGAUGAAGAAGCGGCUAUUGUCAAUGAAUAUUUGCAAGAAAUUGAAAAACAACAAGGUGUUACUGAAGAUGAUUUAGCAGAAGCAAUUGAUACUUUAAAUAGAGAAGAGCAUGAUUUAAAAGAGAUUGAACAAAAGUCAAAAGAUAUUAAUGUGGAAGUUGAAAAUCUAAAAGAUAUUUUAAUGUCUCUUCAAGAUGAUGCAGCUAAACAGACUAGUGAUAUUAAAGCACAAGAAGAAUAUAUAAAAAAUCUUAAUAUCGAAACAGAACAAUUAGACAUUCAAAAUAAACAUUUGUGCGAACGAAUACAGAUACAGAACAAACAACGUACAGAAUUAAUUUCUAUAGUAAAAGAACAACCUAUGUCAAAAACAGAAAAAGAUACGAUAUUAAAUAAAUGUUCAGAACUUCAAAAUUAUAUGCAUCAAUUUGAUGAACAUUUGAAAGAUAUACAAAAGGACAUAUAUAAAUUGGAUAUUAAAAUAGCAUCUGUAAAUAACAGUUUAAACAAAAUUGUAUUAGCUUACAACAAAGAAAUAUUUAUGCAUUUUGGUAGUGAUACUAAUAUAGACGUUGAAGAACUUAAAAUGCCUGAAAAAGAUAUGUUAGAUCCAUAUAUUAUGGAUAAGUUAAAUGAAAAAGCUAAUUUGAUGAAUGAAUUAAAAGAUGGAUUGACCAAAAAUUUAACAAAACUGGAAUCUUAUAUAGAAUCUAAUACAAAUGAAUUAGAACUUUUACAAGAAAAAAUGAGAACUUUACAGGAACAAAAUAUAAUUUUGCAUAAUAAGCUUAAAGAGAAAAAAGCUAAUAUCAAUAAUUGUAAAAAUGAGGAAAGUAAAUUACGAGAACAAAUACAGAUCUUGCAAAACGAAAUACAGAGUUAUCAAGAAUCUAUUCCAGAUUUACAAGGUAUAACGAUUGAAUUGGAAGAAGUUAAAGAAAAAUUAGAUGCAGUAAGAAGACGAAAAAUGUUCAUUGAACAAAAUGGGAAACGAUUUUUCGAAAAAUUAUAUGAAAUUUUUGGUGAACACAGAAAUGAAUUGGGUCGAAUUUUAGAAAAAACUGAACAUUGGUCAACAUAAUUUAUAGUACUGUCAUAUAACAAAAAGUUGAGCGAUUAAAAAAUUAAUAAAAUGACCAAAUAUAAUUACAUAAAUAAAUGAUUAAACGUAAUUGUAUAAAUAUAUAAAUUUUAAUUAUGAUUACUUAUAAGAA